AUGUCUAAUAAUUUCAACGAAGUUGCGCAACAAUUUGUUCAGUUCUACUACAAGACUUUCGAUGAAAAUCGAGCUGGUCUCUCGGCGUUAUAUCGCGCCGAGUCUAUGUUGACUUUUGAGACCACCUCGAUUCAAGGCGCCGCCUCUAUCCUUGAGAAAUUGACCACUCUCCCAUUCCAGAAGGUUGCUCAUCAGGUUUCGACUUUGGAUGCCCAGCCAACGAAUACGGGCGGAAUUGUGGUUAUGGUCACUGGUGCUCUUUUGGUUGACGAAGAGGCCAAACCCAUGAGCUACUCUCAAACUUUCCAACUUCUCCCCGACGGUGCUGGCAGCUAUUUCGUGUUUAACGACAUUUUCCGCCUGAUUUCGGCAAGUCUUUCAGGCUCUGUCACGAUUACAAGUUAUAUCAUUAGAAGUCAAUCUACUGGCUCCAGGACAAUCGUCAACUAUAAUGAACUCCCUGACUACUCCAAAAGUUGGGCUCAGGGAAACGGCUAUCAAUCCCCUUGGGCUCUUUUACACGCACGGUCGUCCUUAACCCUCAAAGCGUCACUUUUGUGUUGCACAUGGGGUGCAAAAGGUGCCCUGAGUCUUGAUAGGCACAGCAUGACAUAUAUUGAAUCCCCUGCAUUCACGGAUACUUCUCCGGUUGUUGAGUACGUGGACAUUUUUAGUUCCUUGAAAGCCCAGCAUGCUUAUUUGUUAUGGUUUGGCAGCACAAUGGGGACUGGCGACACAUUCAUUGCCGAAAAUGAUGGAAUUCGCAAACCGUCUUGCGGGCCACAAGAUCUCAAGAGGAUUGAUGGGCUGGGGCUGGCUGUCGCAAAGUACCUCUAG